AUGGCAGAGGAGUCUCCACCAUCUUCGGCGACGCCUGUCGAACGCGCACGGCGCUCCCUCGUUCGCACAUGGUCGCACAGGCGUUCGGAGAGCGUCGCUUGUACCCGUAUGCUGUGGAACCUUAUCGCCAACGCCAACACGGUGCGGUUGAGACAUGAACAAGCGCAGCGACUCUACAAGGUCGUCGGCAAGCAACCUACAGCGCUUCACCUACCGGCGCCUGCUGCCGCCGCCGAUGCAAUCGCAAGGGGCCUGGCGACCUCGGGAGCCUCCUGCCCAACCGUCAGCACCGCUGUCUUUUCGGAUACCUCGGCCGCACUUCAAACAGCCCUUCCCGGCGUUCCCAACACAGUCGGUAGGCCCAUGACUUCUUCCGCGCUCGUCUCCGACUCGCGGAACGUACCACUGCCGGUAGACACGGAACCUGAGCUUGAUGACAUGGACACUACGUCUACGCGCAAGCGUUCGCGUCCUAGCGAGUCGGGCAGCGACGACGAGGGUGCCUCGCGCAAAAUGCAAGCACAACCCGACACCCCCGACGCCGAUGGCACCAACGAGAACGAGUUUCAGACCGUGUUCUCAAAAUCGCAGAAGCGUCGCCUGCGCGCCUCGACGGCUCCGCGACCAGUUGGGAACAUCGGCCCUCCCACCGCACCUGCGGCCACUACUGCCGCGCACCCGUCUACUGCCCGCGUUGUCCCUGAGCCUGCCAAACCGCCCACUGCGACUCAGGCCGCUUCUACAGGAGUGCUUCCAGCUGCAGACACCAUGCGCUCUGCCUUGUCGCCGCUGGAUCCCGGCACAGUUCUUUUCCGACCGGCCAACGCCGGUGCUUCCUUUCACCACACCUCCCGCCUUGCCAUUGCGCAAGCUCUCUCUGCGCUGCCCGGCGUCAAGGAGGUGCGAGUAAACACGAAAAAGAACAUCGUGGCAGCCGACGCAUCUACAGCAGAAUGGAUGGAUCGCCUACUGUCCACGUCGGAGCUCGCGGGAAUACCCGUGACUGCCCGCCCUCCUGCUGACCGCUCACAAAGCAGCGGUGUGGUGCAGGGUGUCGACGGCGACUACACUGACGAGGCCCUGCUGGCUGCAGUGACGUCCGAGGUGCCGGUGAUUGCAGCCAGGCGACAAGGGACAUCACUGAUCCUGCGGUUCGCUUCCCCCGUCCCUCCUGCCCGUGUCCACCUUUUUCGCAUGGCGUUCGAAGUGAGGCCAUCCCGGCCUCGUCCACUUCAGUGCCUGCGGUGCGGACGCUAUGGACACAUCACUGCAGCUUGCCGGAGACUAGAGCGGUGCCUGCGUUGCGGUGACCACCAUGGGAAGGACGCCAGCUGCACCAGCAAGGUUAAGUGCCUGCACUGCGGUAGGCCACAUUCAGCUGACUCCGCGGAAUGCCAGCUGUGGCAAAGAGAGCGGCGCCUGGCCACCAUCAAGGCGUCAUCUCCCACGUACCUGCCUCAUCGCGAGGCUCAAGCAGCCUUGCGGUCAAGCUCUAGUGGGACGAGUGGUCAUCAACUAAACCAGACCACAGGCAAGAGCUACGCUGCAGCGGUGGGAGCUCCAUCGAAGGAUCCGCGCCCAACAGGCGCACAACAGCGGGAGCCGCCUGCUGGUCCCAAGAAGCAGGGCUUAGCUAAGCCUCGCCCACCCACGAAGGCAACCUCGCAGCCUCAUGCUGAUCAGGAGAACGCAAACCUGAGGCUCCUCUUAAGGGCGGUUGCGGACCUGCUGCCUCCUGAAAACCAGCUGCGCUCCAUCUGCCUUCAGGAGGUGUACGUAGCAACGGCCGACCUGCGACUCCCCGGAUACAUCGGCUACCAUAGCGCCACGUCAUGUAUCCUCGACUCGUGCCAAGCCGCGCCGUGCAUGGUGAGUGCACAUCCCCAAUGUCGACCACGAUGUGCGGUGUACGUGCGACGUGAACUACCACACGCGAACAUUAACGUGGCCGAUGUCACUGGGGGUUCCCUCGAGUGUUGUGCUGUGACAGUGCGGCUACGUGGUGUUGAUACGACAGUGGCCUCUGUGUAUGUGCGUCCGGGACAGCGGUGGAACGCCGCCGAUCUGCUACAGCUGACGGCUCGACUCGGACACAACUACCUUCUAUGUGGUGACAUGAACGCUCAUCACACCAUGUGGGGGAGUCGCACCUGCUCGUCACGAGGAAGGGAUCUGGUGGACGUUAUCCAUCAACUGGGCCUGCAAGUCCUGAACACCGGGUCCUUCACCUUCGUCCGCAAAACAGGUCGACCCUCGUGCACCGCCAUCGACGUCAGCCUGGCUAGCGAGGGAGACCGGUAUGACUGGGCAACGCAGCCUGACUCCUUGGGUUCGGACCACCUGCCGAUCGUCAUCACACCGGUGGGAGGGAAGAUCCCAAGGACCAGGCCGUGCAGAACAGUCGAUUGGCGAGCUUUCCGGCAGCAGCUCAAAGAGGCCCCGAAGAACCAGGACUUCCUGGAUCUGGUGGCAGCAGCAGCGCAAGCAGCCACAAUCCAGUCCUGGGUGCCCGAGAACCAUCCUGUGCCAGACCUCCGCCACCUGAACUUACGGGCUGCCAGACGCAGGGCUGAGAGAAAGUACCUAAAAGCCCAGUGCCCAGAUCAUCGAACACUUUUCAACCGUGUCGAUGCGGUAUGCCGGCGACAUGCCAACCGUCGCAGACGGCAGAGUUGGCAGGGCAUCUGCCACUCUCUUAGCCAGGCGAGAGGUGGCGCAAAAGCAUGGCGGCUUCUACGGUCUCUCGUCAUCGGACCAAUGGCGCGGCAACCCGUACUUGCAGUGGCCAUGCGCUUGGGCAUCAGUGAGCAAGAACUGGCAGAACGGCUGGCCGAUCGCUUCGCGGCACUGCCAUUAGCCCGACCUGCGCCCAUCACCACCACGCCUACCCCCAAGCAGCCGCAAGGCCACCACCCUGCCUGGACUGCCAGCCAAAUUGCAGCUCUGUGCCAGGAGCCCAUUUUCGAGCACGAGCUGAAUGCUGCUCUGGCCACAACCAAGCGCCGAAGUACCCCCGGCGCCGACGGCAUCACAUACCAGAUGCUGCGUAACCUGGAUGUGGCUGCACGACAACGCCUGUUGAGGGCUUUCAAUGACGUUUGGCAGAGCGGAACCCUACCUGAGGCCUGGCUGACUGCUGUGGUGGUGCCCGUCCGGAAACAUGGCCGCCCUGGUGCAGCCAUUGCAUCCUACAGGCCCGUCUCUCUUACCUCUGCUGCCUGCAAGCUCAUGGAAGCCAUAGCUCUGGCACGCUUGAGUUGGAUUGCUGGGGCAACGGAGUUCCUAUCAGAGCAGCAGACAGGCUUCCGGCGCCACCGCUGCACAGCAGACUCAAUUGCGGACGUCGUCUCCACCCUGGAGGAGGCUAGGAGCAAGGGCGAGGUGGCCCUCCUUGUACUGCUGGAUGUCCAGAGCGCUUUCGACGGCCUGCCACAUAUGAUCAAAGAAAGUGCUCUGGACGCACUCGGCAUCACGGGCUUUCUGCGUGCUUUCAUCCGUGCCUUCCUAGCCGGACGGACCCUCCGGGUUAGAGUUGGACGCGCGGUCAGCGAUCCAAGGCCAGUGACAGCCGGCGUCCCACAAGGUUCUGUCCUGAGCCCCUUUUUGUUCAACUUGGUGCUGGCAGGGCUACCUAGAAUGCUACCGGUUGACAAGCGCUACCCCACGCAGUGCUCUUUGUACGCAGACGACGUGGCACUGUGGGUUAGGGGGCCCAGGCGGAACCUCACUGCCAUCAGGCGCUCCCUGCAACGCUCCCUGGAUGCUGUGACCUCUUUCUUCAGAACGAUCGGGCUGAUCGUGUCCCCCACGAAGACGGAGGCGCUGCUGGUUCACCCCAGAGUCGCUGCGCGGAGGGCCAUCCGAAGGCUUGUGUUGGGAGACUGGCCAAUCCCGUGGAGCAAGGCGGUGACGUACCUGGGGCUAAAGAUCGAUCACCACCUCACUUGGAUACCAGCCCUCAAACUCGCGACCUUCAAGGCCACCAGGGUUCAGACUGCUGUGGGCAAGCUGUUGAGCAGGGGCCAAGGGUGCACCCCGCGACUGGCACUUCAGCUCUACCAGGGGGCUGCAACGGCAGUGCAAACCUACGCACUGCCUCUGGUGCAGCUGGUGCAACACCGCAAGGAGCAGUUGGAGCGGCAACACCGCAUGGCGAUUCGGCGCUUCAUGGGACUCCCGCGCCAGUCGCCCGUGGCUGCUUCAUUGGCAGAGGCCCAGACGUGGCCGCUGUCUCUCCUUAUGCUGCGACAGGCGCUGCAUCAUGUGGACCGUCUCCACAGGGCCCCAGGGGGCGAUGCCCUCCUACGGAGACUGCGGAGCCGACCAGCUAUGGGACAAAUCUGCACACUCUAUGAAGUACUGGUGCCCGCGGCUUCCUGUCCUAUCCAGCCCCCUCCACCACACCAGCAGCCUCUGGACGUGCAUUUGGAGCUGGGCAACCUCAGCAAAAGGCUAACACCGGUGUGCGAGCUCCACCAGUCAGCCGUGGCGAAGCUCUACGACAGGCUGCGGGGGCACCUCCUGGUGUUCACGGACGGGUCAGUCCGGGACAGCCCCCGCUCGGCCGCGGCUGCCUGUGUCAUACCAACGACUGGGACGACCAUCCAGUGUCGCCUUCCCUUCCACGCCAGCUCCACCGCAGCAGAAUUGGCUGGCCUUCACUUGGCAGCUGACUACCUCGCUGCAAUGCCACCCCAGCUGCCCGUGGCGAUCCUGACCUCAUUUCCAGACACCCAACAGACGUAA